AGCCGAGCCGAGCCGAGCCGAGCCGAGCCCAGCCGAGCCGAGCCGAGCCGAGCCGAGCCCGCACAGCCCGCCCGGGGGGGCACUGGACCGGAGCCCGUACAGCCCGCCGGGGAGUGCCCAGACCAGCCCGGAGCCCGCCGCGAUGGCUGAUGAGCUCCGUGACCUGCUGCGGGAGUUUGAUGAGGUGAUGGAGGACUUCGACAGAGGCCUCGCGUGUCAAUACGAGCAGCACCUGGAGGAGGUGAAGAGGAAAGCGGGACACAGCGUGUACGACAGCGGCAUCGAGGAGCUGGAGAGUACCAGCACGUCCCCAGGAAGCAGUCUCAACUCCAGUGAGGAGGACCUCAACACCCCUGGCAAUGCGUACCCCCCCAAAGCUAAGCUUGGAGACACGCAGGAGCUGGAGGAGUUCAUUGCGGAUCUGGAUAAAGUGUUGGAGGAGAUGUGAGACGUGGUUUUGGGGGCGAGUUUGGAGAGGAAGACCCCCGCGCGGCAGAUGAGCCCUGCGCCUCCCUGACGCACCCUCUGCUUCUGUGCCCCUGCGGACGCCGCUCUCCCGCACCACACUGCUCCGCGCCGGGGAUGGGCAGCGCCGGCGGCAAGCGGGGACUGAUCCAGCAAUGGGACGGGCGGCUCGGCGGCCGUGGUGUCCAGGCCUUGCUCUGCUGCAGGACUCUGCCGGGACGAGCUCUCGCUGCAGGCACCGGGCUUUGCCCUGCAAGGGGGGCUGGCCGCUCUUGUGACUGAGCGGGUUUCGGGGUGGGGGGGUGUCUGUGCCACUGUUGAAACCAGAGGAGAAACCCCGGGUGGUUUUGGGGAAGAUCAGCUUGCAGUCCAUCGGGGGGACCGUGGUGUCCCCUCCUGGGCCAGGAGAGCCUGUUCCCGCAGCGGUACCUGUCCCACCUCCUCAAAGGUGGCCUCUGCCCACACCCCCAGCGCCUCUGCCCCGGCCGCUGCUGUAAAUACUGUAAAAAGGACGUUACGCGCCGUACGGAGGGGAUGUAUAUUUUGUGAACAGGAUUUGAAGUCUC